UUCCGUUCAUUUUUGUUCUUAUAUCCUAUUUGCUCAAUUCAAAAGGCUAUGAAACUAAACGAUACUGUUGGAUGUCCAUUGAAGGCGGUAUUCAAUAUUCGUUUAUAAUGCCUGUAUUGCUUUUAAUAUCGUUCAAUACAUGUUUAAUAUUAUUGGUGCUAAAACGAUAUUUCGAACGAAAACCAUUGUCACAUUGUUCACAAAUUCAUCAGAUUCGGCCAUCAAUAAGAGCUUGUAUUAUAUUAUUACCAUUUUUUUGUCUCAAUUGGUUUUUGGGUGUUUUAUCAUUGGAAACAUUACGAACAACACCAUUUGAAUUGAUAUUCGCAUUAACAAAUGGAUCACAUUCAUUUUUAACAUUUUAUUUUCAUUGCUAUCAACGUUAUAAUCUCAAACAUUAUCUUCAGCAAUAUGGUUCAUUACAAUUAAUAUUCAUUGAUUUGAGAAAUAAUGACAAUGGCAACAACAUGAUGGAUGGGAGUGGAAAAAUAUCAAAAUUUUUAAAUGACUAUAUACCUCAAAUAUCUAAAUGGUUAUUCGGCGACAAUAAUGUUCAUCAUCAACAUUCGAAUAGUGAAGAUGAUGUUGAUCAUAAUAAUGAUAAUAUUGGUGGCCAUCAUCACUCACAUCAUCAUUAUCACCAUCAUCAUAAUAAUCGAUAUCAUUAUCAUCAUCAACAUUAUCACGAUCAAAAUCAUCAAAUGGAUUCCGAUGAUGCAGAACUUUUAUUGCAAAAAGAUUCAAUCUCUACGGCUUCUGAUUUAUUGAAUGUUGAAAAUAAUGUUACAGAAAAUAUUUUAUUCAAGAAUAAUGACAAAAAAUGUUUGCUAAGUGAUAACAAUAACAACACAAAUGUGAAUGAUCUUAAUGAUUGUGAAAAACAGCGAAAACUACAGCAAUCUAUUUUAAAAUCAAAAGAUGAUGUAACGAUUCUGUCAGCAAAUGAAAUACCUGACCAACAGAAUCAUAAUUCUUUAACGAAAACUAAUUUAAUAUGCUGUUGUAGUAAUAAUGCCUAUGAUUGUCCCGUUGAAUGUUCAUUUCAAUGUCCCAAUACAACUACAUCUUUAGCGACAGAACAUUCCACUGCACCAUUUAUCGAUACGACAAUGCCAGAUUUUACUUCAUCAUCCAUUCCGUUGAAUCGAUCAUUAAGUUUUCCAACAGUUUUGUUUGAUCAACAUUCACAGCAACAAUCUUGUAAUGCCUUCAAUUUGCAUCCUUAUCUUCAACAAAAACAACUGCAUCAAAAUUCAAAUCUCCAUCAUCAUAUGACAGGCGAGACAUCAAGAACAUUGUCGGUUACAAAUAGUAACAAUACUAUAGCUAAAACUAUUGACGGCAAACAAACUAGCUCCAUUAAGCCAACUGCAUCACAGCAGCAUUCUCAUUGUUGUUGUUGUUAUUAUUGUCGCCAACAACCCAUUAAUAAUGGCAAUGAUUUAAAUCCAGAAUCUAUUUUGUCAGUUUUCCAACAUCAUCCACAAAAUCAAGUCAUACCGAAUAGUGGAUUUUAUUCGCAUCAUCUGUCAUCGUGCUCUUCUUCAUCAUCAUCAUCGCCAUUGUCCCUCAUGCCAUCAUUAGUUACAAAACUGCCAACAACAUCAAUGCCAUUGUCAUCAUCAUCAUCAACUUCUUCAUCGCUGUCUUCAUCUUCUAUUCGCUAUCAUAAUCAUUCUUCACAACGACAACAACAACAUAAUCAUUAUGAUAAUAUGAACUUUGCCAAACAUUUUUCGAAUAAUGAUUCUUUAACAGUUCAUAAAUAUAAUGAUGGUGUUACAUCAGUAGCUAAUAAUUUUGAAACGAUUAAACUGAAUUCCACCGUGAAUAUUAUUCAACAACAAGAACAGAAAUCAUUAACAAUAGAAAAUCGUUUGAAAAUCAACCCUACGAAUAAUUUAUUUAAUGAUGACAACAACAACAAUGAUUAUGAUGAUAAUGACGAUGAUGAUGAAUUGAUUUGCAUUCAUGAUAAUUUCAACGACAAUAAAGAUAUUACAGCCAUGUUUGAUUCAUAUGGAAUGAUUCGUAAUUCGGAUAAUUUGUUCGGCGAUUAUAAUAAUUUUUCAUUCACAUCUAUGAACCAUUAUAAUCAUCAAAAUGAAAGACAUAAAACAACAUCAAACAUAUCAUCAUCAUCUAAUGUUAAAAUCAACCCAAUAAAUUCAUCGAAUCAAUUGACCAAAAUUGAUUUUUCUUUACCAUUAAUCAACGAAACUGUUGACGAUAUUGAUAUUCAUGAUGGUCAUCAUGGAUCAAAUCAUAUAAUUUUAUCAGAUAUGAAUUGUUUGGAUGAAGAUGAAGAUCUGAUCAUAAUUGAAAUCGAAGAUGAAGACGAUGAUGAUGAUGAUGAUGACGAUGAUACCGAUGAAAUAAUCGAAUCGGAUUAUGAACAAGAAAUGCCUGAAUCAUAUUAAAAUGAUGAUAAUACUUUAAAUUUUGUUAUAAUUUCUUUGUUCUUUGUAUAUUAAAAUUUGCAAC